AUGAUAGACGGCUUUCUGUUUAACGACCGCGUGUUUGGAAUCGUUCUGAAGUCCGAGAGAGACACGCUGACCUGUGGAGGAGAGGAGGCUCCGGGAGGAGAGAAGUUUCACUCGCGCUGCGCGUGCACCGGCGCAGACGGAAUGAUGGUGAAGUCGAGGCGCUGGGUCGCGUGCGCUCUCUGCGUGCUCGUGCUGUGCGCGGCGGCUUUGAUCUGCGUGUGCGUCAUGCUGUCCGCGCUGCUGCGCUCGAGGUGCGGCGCGCGCGAGGAGGACGGAGAGUUCCAGCGCGCGGCCGUGGCCGCAGACUCGCUCGCGUGCUCGCGCAUCGGCAGGGACGUUCUGAAGGACGGUGGUUCUGCAGUAGAUGCUGCGAUUGCUGCGCUGCUGUGUACGUCACUGUUUAAUCCCCAGAGUAUGGGACUGGGCGGAGGCGCCAUCUUCACCAUCAUGGACAAGAACGGUGCAGUGAAAGUGAUAAACUCCAGAGAAACUGUUCCUCAGAGCUUCAGUCCAGACCUGCUGACUAAGUGUCCUAAAUACUUCACCUUCGCAACGGGUGCUCAGUGGAUAGGUGUACCAGGGGAGUUGAUGGGUUAUGCCCGUGCCCACGCUCUCUAUGGUAAACUUGAGUGGGCAGAGCUGUUUAAACCCACCAUCAGACUCGCCAGAGAGGGUUUUGACACCCCAAAGUACCUCUCCAGACUCCUACAGAACCCCCAGAUCAAAGCACUGCUGCAGAACACAUCAUUCUGUGAAUUGUUCUACCACAAGGAUAAAGAGGUUUUAAAACCUAAAGAUAAACUCUGGUACCCAAAACUGGCUGAAACGCUUCAGAUCAUUGCUGAUCAAGGAGUCGAUGCUUUUUAUACUGGCAAAAUCGCUCAAGAUUUAAUCAACGAUGUACAGAAAGCAGGUGGAACCUUAUCGUUAGAGGAUCUGAGAACUUUUCAGGUGAGGGUGAGUGAAGCGAAAUCAGUUCCUGUAGGUGAAUACACGAUGCACUUUCCUCCUCCACCAGCAGGCGGCGCUCUGCUCAGCUUCAUCCUUAACGUCAUGCACGGUUUUGGACUCUCUCCGUCCUCUGUGAGGGGUGAGGAACAUAAAAAGACGCUCUAUCGCUACAUAGAGACGCUUAAAUACGCUAACGGACAGAGGAGGUACAGCAGAGACCCCCAGUUCCACCCCCACCUAGCAGAUCACCUGUUGGAUCCGGGUUUUGCUGACCGGAUCAGGAUGAUGAUCAUCAGUAACUCCAAACUCUACAACGUCACGCCCAUGACCGAUCAGUUGGGGACGACGCAUGUUUCAGUCCUAGCCAGCGACGGUUCGGCUGUUUCUGUCACCAGCACCAUCAAUCACAUAUUUGGAUCUGUGGUGUACUCUCCAAACACGGGAAUCAUCCUGAACAAUGAGCUGGCCGAUUUCUGUGGACGAGCUGAUUCCAUCUCUACAGGUGAGCAGCCGCCGUCCUCCAUGUCUCCCGUCAUCAUUCACUCGAAGAACAAAGAGAAAGUUCUGAUCAUCGGAGGAUCUGGAGGAACUUUGAUCACCACCGCCAUGGCCAUGUCCAUAAUGAACAAUCUGUGGUUUGGAAAGAACCUGAAGGACUCCAUCAGGGACAGAGUGGUGCAAGUGGGCCCCCAAAAUUCGGUGGCGUUUGAGCCCCAUUUUAACGAGGUGAUGAAGGAGGCCAUGCGCUCGUUGGGACAGACCGUGUUUAAUCAGCCGUAUUUCCUGAACGCUGUGAACGCCGUGACGAGCGAGCGCGGCUGCAUCAGCGCGUACUCAGACGAGCGCAAACUCAGCGAAGCUGCAGGUGAUUAAGGAACACCUGAGGAGGAACCCUGCCCUCCACCCUGCCCCCCCCGGACGCUGAGACUCUACAGCGCACUGAGUCCCCCCUUCCGAAAAUCUGGACUCAUCAAUACUGCGGUCAGACAAUCACGCACAACACAUAGAUCAAUCUCACCUGAUCAAUCUCACCUGUACACACCUGAUCAAUCUCACCUGAUCUAUCUCACCUGUACACACCUGAUCAAUCUCACCUGAUCAAUCUCACCUGAUCAAUCUCACCUGUACACACCUGAUCAAUCUCACCUGAUCAAUCUCACCUGAUCAAUCUCACCUGUACACACCUGAUCAAUCUCACCUGAUCUAUCUCACCUGUACACACCUGAUCAAUCUCACCUGAUCAAUCUCACCUGAUCAAUCUCACCUGUACACACCUGAUCAAUCUCACCUGAUCUAUCUCACCUGUACACACCUGAUCAAUCUCACCUGAUCAAUCUCACCUGAUCAAUCUCACCUGUACACACCUGAUCAAUCUCACCUGAUCUAUCUCACCUGUACACACCUGAUCAAUCUCACCUGAUCAAUCUCACCUGAUCAAUCUCACCUGAACACACAUGUACACACCUGAUCAAUCACACCUGUUCACACUCACCUGAUCAAUCUCACCUGAUCAAUCACACCUGAUCAAUCUCACCUGUACACACCUGUACACACCUGAUCAAUCUCACCUGUACACACCUGAUCACACUCACCUGAUCACACUCACCUGAUCAAUCUCACCUGAUCAAUCUCACCUGAUCAAUCUCACCUGAUCAAUCUCACAUGUACACACCUGUACACACCUGUACACACCUGAUCAAUCACACCUGAUCAAGCACACCUGAUCAAGCACACCUGUACACACCUAACUAUAUAACACUAAUAUAAAGAACAUCACCUGUCAUCCUUAGCAUCAGUUCUACUAUGGACGUGUCCCAAAUCACAAACCACUGUUAUUAGCUGUUUGGGACGGUUUCGAACCAUCUGAGCCACAAAAAAGUCCCGUCCAGUUCACAUGAAACCAAAAAUUCAUGCACAACAAGCUCAUGUUGUGUCCUCAAACUUUUGACCACGUGAUGCAAUAAACUAUUGAUCAGAACGACCGCUCCAUUUAUACUGGGUUUAUAUUUCUCGCUGGUUUAGUCCUUCCCUAUUCCUCAGAGCCCACACAUCGUCCUGCUCGUGUCAGUCCCUCGACCGGCCUGUAGGUGUCACUGUUGCAGACCGGACUCAGAUUCAGGUGUUUCUGAUUAAGAUUUGAUUUUUCUGACCUGCUGCUUCAACCGUAUAACUCUAGCCUGGCGUUAGCGUUAGGCGCGGCAGCCAGGAUUAGCAUUAGCAGCGGUGUGACUGAGCUGAACUGAGCGGUGUGUGUGUGUGUGUGUGUAAUGUAAAUAUUUUUUGAAAUGUGAACUUUUUAAAGCCAGUAAACAGACGUGACUUUUUAUAAGCGAUGAUUUAUAACACGGAUUGUUUUAUUAUUAUUUUUAUUAUUAAUGUUUUUGUGUCACAUGAAUAUUUUUGUAGAUUUAUAUUAAACUGAACACUUUUAUAACUAC